AUGGACUCUGAAUGUAAAUAUCUGUUCAAGAUGAUCUUAAUUGGGAACAGUGGCGUUGGAAAAACCUGCCUGAUGAAAAGAUAUACGGAUGAGACAUAUAGUUUUACACAAUCAAGCACAAUAGGCGUGGAUUUCAAAAUAAAAUCUUUGGAGGUUGAAGGGGAAAAGGUAAAGCUUCAGAUAUGGGAUACCGCAGGGCAGGAAAGAUUCAGAGCGAUCAUAUCUAACUACUACAGAGGUGCACAUGGAAUUAUCAUGGUGUUUGACAUGGGAAGCAAGGAGUCAUUUGACAAUCUUGGGGAUUGGCUGGCCGAAGUUAGGAAGAAUACUAAUGAAAAUGUUGAGAUAAUCAUUUUAGGAAACAAGGUCGAUGAUAAGGAAAAAAUUGUGGUCACGGAAGAGGAGAUAGAGAGGUUUCUGAGCGAAAAUGGCAUCGAGAAGUCGUCGUUUUACAUGACUAGUGCAAAGGAUAACAUCUGUGUCAAUGACAGUUUCGAAUAUCUGACUAGAAAGCUUAUCGACAAGCAUAAAAGGAUAGGCUUUGGUGGUGGAAAGGAAUCUUUUAAGCUUAAUGUGGGAGAUUCUAAAAAAGCUUGCUGCAUGUGA